CGGCGGGGCGGGGUGCGAGGGCCCGCGGCGGCGCUGAGCCGGGCGGGGAGGAUGGUGCGGGGAGCGAGAAGUCUUGGUGGAGAUCUCCCACCGGCGGCGAAGCCUCCCUGUCCCCUGCCUCCCACCCUCACUGCCGCGGGGCCGAGGCGCUGGGCAGCAUGAGGCGGCGGCGGGGACCUGUUGUGUAGGGGGAGGCGCAGAUUGAGCAGCGCGGCGGCGGCGGGGAGGGAGGAUGAGGAGGACCUGCUCCCGAGGCGCUGGUGUCUGUCGGCGACUGGCCCUGCCCCGGGCUGCCGCGGGCUCGGGAGAAUCCCUUCCUAUGGAGUAGUGACAGGGGAGCCCUGCACCCCCGGGUCUGCGCGGAGCGGCGGCCGCUUCCCGCUGGACUGCGGCUUCAGGAGGAGGAGAGCUUGAAGUGUUCCUCGGAGCUGGAGUUGCAGCCUGGUUCCUUACUUGAGUGGUUUUUUGUUUUUUUUUUUUUGUUUUUUUUUUGUCUUCUCCUCCUUAAUGAUUUGUUACGCGUAUCUCUCGAGGGAACGUCUUAGGAAUGGUCAUUUUUAGCAGUGAAAUCUGCUGCUCAAAGGAGGAUUAUAACAGAUCUCUAUGAAAGAUAGACUCGAUUGCUAAACCUUGCCUUGACCAACCUUCUGACCCUCGGAGAGAGCUCUCAGGGUGUGCGUGGGAAGGAUAAAAAAAUCCUCCCAUUUGAAAAUAAACUUGAAAAAAAAAGACUAAUUUUUUGGAGCCUAAUUGCUUUAUAAUUGCUUUUUUCCCCUCUUUGUUUUGUGAUAAGUUGUUUUGAAAAGGAUUGUCCUACUUGGUUGUUUUGUAACUGGUGGAGGAAGGAAGGAUCCCUCUCAAGCGUUUCUGGUAUGACAGCUUUGGUUUCUGAAGAGUUAACUGGUGUUUGCAUUAUACACCUCUUGCUAGUCUGGUAGCAGACUUUUCAUCAUUUUAUUUGCAUUUUUUAUUAACUGGGGCUCGUGGAGAGGGCUGUCUUGGUCACAAGAAUAUUUGCACAUAUAUAUAUAUUGUAUAUAUUUUUGGUGGGGUUCUCCCCACAUUUUACUCUUUCUUGAUGACUCCUGGAGGUGGUAGUGGGCCCAUGAAAGACUGUGAAUACAGUCAGAUCAGCACACACAGUUCUUCGUCUCCCAUGGAGUCUCCCCAUAAGAAAAAGAAAUCAGUUCCCAAGAGAAAAUGGGAGGUUUUUCCUGGAAGAAACAAAUUCUUCUGCAAUGGGAGGAUCAUGAUGGCUCGACAGACUGGAGUUUUCUACCUGACUCUUGUUCUCAUCUUGGUCACCAGUGGACUCUUCUUUGCAUUUGAUUGUCCAUAUUUGUCAGAGAAGAUUACGCCUGCUAUACCUGCAAUUGGUGGGAUUCUUUUCUUUUUCGUGAUGGGGACCCUGCUGCGUACUAGUUUCAGUGAUCCUGGUGUCCUCCCCCGCGCAACACCAGAUGAAGCAGCAGAUCUAGAGAGACAAAUAGGUAACACUGAAGAUAUAGCAAAUGGCUCCAGUUCAGGAGGAUAUCGCCCCCCUCCCAGAACAAAAGAAGUGAUCAUCAAUGGACAGACAGUGAAACUAAAAUAUUGUUUUACUUGCAAGAUUUUCCGCCCACCUCGUGCCUCACAUUGCAGCCUUUGUGAUAACUGCGUAGAACGGUUUGAUCACCACUGUCCCUGGGUAGGCAACUGUGUGGGGAAAAGAAACUACAGAUUUUUUUAUAUGUUUAUUUUAUCUCUGUCCUUUCUGACAGUCUUUAUAUUUGCAUUCGUUAUCACCCACGUCAUCCUUCGUUCUCAACAAACAGGGUUCCUCAAUGCCCUGAAGGACAGUCCUGCAAGUGUGCUGGAAGCUGUGGUGUGUUUUUUCUCAGUAUGGUCCAUUGUUGGCCUCUCAGGUUUUCAUACAUAUUUGAUCAGCUCCAAUCAAACAACAAAUGAAGAUAUUAAAGGAUCAUGGUCAAAUAAAAGAGGUAAAGAAAACUAUAAUCCCUACAGUUAUGGCAACAUCUUUACCAAUUGCUGUGCUGCGCUCUGUGGGCCCCUCUCUCCAAGCUUAAUUGACAGAAGAGGAUUUAUACAACCAGAUACACCGCAAUUAGCAGGACCAUCAAAUGGCAUUACUAUGUAUGGGGCCACACAAUCUCAGAGCAACAUGUGUGACCAAGAUCAGUGCAUUCAGAGCACCAAAUUCGUUUUGCAGGCUGCUGCCACCCCUCUACUACAGAGUGAGCCAAGCAUAACUAGUGAAGAGCUACCUUUACCAGGAAAGACUUCUAUCAGUGGGCCUUGUGCAGCUCUAACUCUAGGGCAACCGACACCACCAUCUUCUAUGCCAAAUCUCACAUCAGAUUCAGGUUUGACAGACAUCAUACCAUUAAAAGAGGAACACGAAGGUCAUCAAUUUCUCACUCCUGAAGAAGCUCCAUCACCUCCUGGGAUGCUGCCAAGUGGAAGUCCUAUCACACAUAGCCAUACAAUGCACGUCCUGAGUCUAGCCAGCCAGGAUUCAUUGCAUGAAGACUCAGUACGUGGUCUCGUGAAGCUUAGCUCAGUUUGAACAGCUUUUUUGAACAUCGCACCAUUUCCUGGUGUCUAUACAACUCUCUAAUUAACAGGAAUGACACUUCAGUACCGCUGUAAGACUUCAUAACAUACCUAUAAUGGAAACUAUAUCGCAUAGUGGAGUCUACUAAAAAAACAAGUUAUUUUUCAAUGGAGCUAUGGCAUUUUUUUGAACAGAUUGCUAAUGGUUGUGCUUUGAUGGUGACUGCAUUUUAUUUUUAAAUAAAACCAGAAGAGGUCAAUAAUCUUGUUUCCUGAAGCUUUGGUACCCCAAGUUGGAAGUCUGCCUGUAACAAACACCAUGUACAGUACAAAAGAGAGAGAUUAUUGGAUGUAAGUGUCAUGCUCUGUGUUCUAUGCUCUUGUAAUACACACUUGUUAAGGCUUACCACACCUGUGGCCAGAAUGAUCUGCACUUACAUGUUAUGCUACCAAUAUUUGAGAAUAGAAAAUUACCAUUCCAUUUGUUAAUACAAAAAAAAAGACUGCAGAUGUGGAUUUGCAUGCCACGCUACAGUAUGUGUUACAGUGGUGUUGGUAUUAAGAGAAAGUGCUGCUUUUUUAUUUGUGACUUUCAAAGUGCUGUUUCAUUUAAAGACAGUACAAUAAACAAAUUAAUGGACUAUAUUUUUUCAAUUUAUUAAAUUUUAUUUUAAAUUAAUCAGUGGUGCCUAGAAGGUGACGAAUUACUGAUUUGAUCAUGUUGCAUAUCAUUUAACCUUCUGUUAAGUGUUUAGAGUGAGGUAUUGUGUUGUGCCAUACCACAAAAUUCUUCCACUCCCUAAUGUGAUACAGUUACCUGUGGACCUCCAAUAAAAUUACAUCCUCUAUUUCGUGGACAUGUGUACAGUUAUCCUUACACAGUUUUGGUGGGGAAAGAGGGGGAAAUUGUGACUGGGUAACACAGUUUGUAAAGAUUUGACUGGAAUAUAUGUACAUAAUGAAACUAGUGCUAUGGAGGAAUAGUUGGUUGUGAUUAGGGUGGCUUCACCAUUUUUUAUGGCUUUGUUUGAGAUGUGUAUUUGCUCCCAUAAGAGGUCCUUACUUGGAAACAGUAGAAUUACCUUCUGCUUGCACUGUAAUUUUAUGUUCCUUAUCAUAGGGCUAAAGGGUGAGGGACUUAAAAUUGAAGACAGAGAGCUUAGUGAAGUAAUCUUAAAUGAUUAACAUAGUCAUUAGCUGUCCUCAGCCAUCAUCCUUCAUUUGUAUUUGUCCUUUGAUAUUUUAAAUGGAAAUCUUGAUUUCAUAGAAUUCUUCUGUCCUUUUUCUUUGUUUAAGUAAAGCACAACUAAGAGGUUAAAGAGAUUUUUAUAAGUAUUUUUCAUGACAGCUGAAGAGAACCUUAGUUAAGCAGAGAAACUGUAAUAGCUUUAAUACUGUAUUUACCUGCUUUUCAGAUUGUGGAACCUGGAUUCUUCUUUUUUAAGGACAGUCUAAGUACAGAAUACGCUUUAUCUGAUGCUUCUAUUACAUGAAAGCCAUAGUUAAGAAAAGUACCACCAGUUAAGGAAUGUAACAGUUCUGUAUUGUUGACUGUGGCCAUUCAGCAACACUAAGUUAAAAUCUUUUUUCUUUUUUACUUUCAUUGUUGAAAUUGAGAACAAUCAGCCUGCAGAAAAUCAGUUACCCGUGCUAUUGAAGGUUCAGACGAUACUGACAAAUCCCCUACUCCUCUAAGAUUUCGUAAGCAAUCUGUUUCUAUAAUUGAUGAUGCUAGCUUUGACCUAAUUCAGUGUGUAGAAUAUAGCAAUGGUUUCUGUCUGUAAGUGCCAUAAUGGGUCUAACAAAGAACCUCUAGCAGUCAAACCUGUCCCAGUCAUUUGAGCCACCAAAGAAGCUCUAGCAGACAAGUCUGUCCCAGAUACUGUAACUACCCUCCCAGCAUUUUGCAGAAGCUGAGACAGUCUCAAAUUCUUUCCACCAGCCAAACUGUGGUGACUGACAUGUCCCAGUUGGCUGAUCUCCCAGUAAGCCACAAGUAUCAGCACUUACUUCUGUAUCUGCUCUUGAAGAAGAGUCAGUGAUACUGAUGAUCUUGAUUUCAUCUUUCUCUAAUACGGCUUCACAUGUAUGAAGCUGUGAACAUCUGCAUUAAAACAGGUAAUGGAUUGAGGGCUGGAGAUACUGGUCUCAUAGACCUGGGUAAAGAAUCCCAGCUUUUGAGGUUGUAGACCAGUAUUUGAUGAAUAAUUAUCUCAUAAUUAUUCUGUGUCCGUGGGUAGUUAACUGUGGGUGCAUUAUUCACUACAGAGAAGGGCAAGUCAAAUAUUUUUAAUGUGGUAUCAAAACUUUCCAGUUGUACAAGUAAUGAUGAGGAUGACUAUUUUAAGGAAAUUGUUCUUUUUAAGUCUCCCUGAAAUAGACGGGGGAUUUUAUGUUUCCAAGAAUACCAGCUUCGUGACAACAUUUAUAUGUCAUUGCCACUAGGGAGUAGUGCAGAAGGCUCUGUGCACAAUAAAAUUUGUGUCAGUUUUAACAUGAAAGGGAAGGGAGUGGGACAGGAUUAGAGUCUGUAUGCUGUUUGCCACGUGCUCAUGCUUUCUGCUAUCAUUUUCUGAACUUUGUUUUGUUUAUAAGUGAGGUGUAAGAAUUACCAAACAAAUUGGAAACAGAUGCCUUAGUUUAAACAUGUGCUAGUUACAUACUUGUUCAGGUGACUUUCUUUUAGUUUUUAAGAUAAUGGUCUUAUUUUCUAAACAUGCUGCCUAUGUUUCUAAGUUUGGUGUUUGAAAAGGCAUUUAAUACCUUGAAUUCGUUUAUAUAUCGCCCUUAUUUUAGGUCUCUUUUUCCUCCCCAUCUGUCUGUUAUAAAUGGUGACAUCUCUAACCUUCCUGACACGCCUGCCUUGCGAGGACAUCUGCUGGAAGGUUUCGGAACUAAGUACUAACCCAGGCGGAGUGGUAGUUGCAGUCUUUGAUUGACAGCAGGCAGUGAUUUAUCAGCAGGUUGAUCAAAGCGGUGCCUCUGACAGGGGUUUUAGUCCCUUCCCCUCACCUCCAUCACAUCUGUCUUCAGUCGUGAGCACUCCCUUCGUCGGAAUUUGUGUAUACAUCUGGAAUGAGUCAGCGAAGUAACUAUUCAUCACCUUCUCUACAGAUUUGAUUACUGAUAUUUUACUUUGAACUAUGAUUACAGAGCAUGCACACUAAGGAUCCAAAAUUAUAAUCCUAGUUAAUACUGCACAGGGGGUUUUCUAUGGUUUUUUUUUUCUUUGAUAAUUAGUAUAUUGUUAUUAAAAUUAAAUGUUUGAUUUAUAAAUAUAAAUUCAAAGUUGAUAUUUUCAGAAAAGUAAAUAUUUUUUUCUUAAAAACCUAAAAUCUUUGAAUGUGUAAAACUAGCUAGUUUAUCUGAUUUAAAAUAUUUAUUGUGCUUUAGUUUUUUUAAAUCAUAUUUUUCCCUUCUAGUUGUCUAUAUAAUAUUCUUUGUGGAAUGAAAUACAGUGCUUCAUAAAAUGUU